CGAAGACAGUAUCAGUUUCAGUUGAACAUUCUGAAAGUGCAGUUCAAUAGUAGAACAGCAAAAAACAGCAAACAAAAUGUGCAAACUAGCGUUGGUUGUCCUGGCACUGGCUGGUGUUGCCCUGGCUUACGAGCAUCACGGAUUCGUCAGCGAAGUCAAACACAUCCCGUACAAGUACUUCGGUGGUAUCGGCGGUGGACAGGAGGGUGGUCUGGAAGGUGGCAUCGGAGGUGGCAGCGAGGGCGGCUACGAGGGUAAGGACUACUAUGCCUACCCGAAGUACAAGUUCGAGUACGGAGUUAAGGACUACCACACCGGUGAUCACAAGAGCCAGUGGGAGGUGCGCGACGGUGAUGUGGUGAAGGGCGAGUACACGCUGGAUGAGCCGGACGGUUCGACCCGUAUCGUGAAGUACCACGCCGACAGCAAGAACGGAUUCGAGGCUGUCGUCAAGAACAUUGGCAAGGGAGGACUGCAGCAGGAGGGUGGCUCGCUCGGCGGCGGCAUCGAGGGCGGUAUUGGUGGAGGAUAUGGAGGAUACGGUCACGGCUACAGCUACAGCAAGCUGAAGAAGUUCAACUAAACGAUCCUAGUGGAGUGGUUGGGAUGAAGUGUCAACCGGAGCAAGUGUUAUGUACAUAAAAUAAAUAUUGCAAGCAAGAAUA